GCAAAUUGCAUGUCACAUUAUGCAAACAACCACAAUGAAUGCAUCAUAAAAAACCUCAACCCCAUAAGGUAUAGAAAAUUAUAUUAAAAUUUGAAAUUUCAGAUUUGAAAACAAGUUCGUGUUAGGCAAGUGGUACUGUGUAUCGCUCUUACGACUUUUGUGGGGAUAUAAACCACAAGAACUUAAACCGUCAUGUUAACAAAAGUGUAUGUGUUAUUUAUAGUGAUGGCCAUCAGAGGAGUCUGUUGCAACUAUGACCAAGCAACUAGAGAUAUACAGCGCAGCAAUAUGGAAUUCUCAGUGCUGAAUGUAACAUGCGUCGAGGAUGACACUGCUUGCGCACAAUGCUUCACAGUGCAGGCCAAUGGACUGUGGUGCUUAUAUGCACUGGAGUUCACGAAGGACCCAGACACUUACAAGCUGUCCGCAUUUGAUGGAAUCAGUGAAUGGGACUUUCAGUUUGUGCAAGAUGAUUUGGCAGGGCAGUUCCGUUUCUGCAUCCAACUGCAAAAUUACUUCGACGAAGCGGUCCACGCCGAUUGGAGAGAUACCCUAUGCUUGGACAACGACUUCACAGAAAUCGCCGUGCCGAGAGAGUGCAGCAGGCCCCUGAUAACGCUUACCAUCGACAGCCACAUGGCCAAUGGCCCUGUGAUGGGCGGGCAAUAUCUGUACUGCAUUCCCUAAAGGUUGCGGGGGUUUCAAAAUGGCACGGGCGACUAUGAUACAUGUUGAUAUCCCGACUUAUAAUCAAGGAAAAAGAAAAUGAAAGACAGCUCUUCAAGAAAGUAUUAGAUUAAAACAUUGAAACCUUAUUUUAUCAUCUUUCAAAUUUACAAGAAGCUUUAGCAUUUAACAACAUGCUUUACGAAGUUUAUGAAGGUAAAAUAUAUUCAAUUCAAUUACACUUUUUAUGUUUCUUGUUCUUAAAAGGAAAAAAUGUAACAUUUGUAAUGUAACAUAAAUAUAAAAAACAUUUGGCAAAAUGAA